AAGGUUCCCCUUGUGAAUUCGUCAUAUAAAAGGAGAGGUUGUGUGAGUAAAACAAAAAGGAGAAGAAAGUGAAAAUGGAAUUGGAAUCAGUGAAAAGAUACUUAGAGAAAGGAGGAGAAACUGCGUCAACUGUAAAUGAACUCCCUCUCAGAUUCAUGGAACCCAUAAUCAUGGGUUCCCUUCGCGUAGAUCUCAUCGAACCUGGCCGUGUCAUAUGCUCUAUGAAAAUACCUCCCCGUUUACUCAAUUCCGGUAAUUCCUUACACGGUGGCGCCACCGCUGCACUCGUCGAUGUUGUUGGUUCCGCUGCUAUUCCAGCCUCUGGACAUCCAGGUCUCACCGGAGUUUCUGUUGAGAUCAAUGUUUCUUACUUGGAUGCUGCUUAUGCAGAUGAGGAGAUUGAGAUUGAAGCUAGAGCCCUGCGUGUAGGAAAGGUCCUUGCUGUUAUCAGUGUGGAGUUCAGGAAGAAAAAAACAGGCAAGGUUUUUGCUCAGGGACGCCAUACCAAAUAUCUUCCCGUGGCCAGUAGAUUGUGAAAAGAACCAAAUUAUAACCAAAUAUGUACUCUGAAUCAAGUACAGUGUAAACCUUCCACUAUUGGUAUCUCACAAAUACAAGUGUAUGCCAUUUUUAGUUAAGUUUUUGGAAUGUCCUCAUUUGCUUCAUGUGGAAGUUUACCUUGUUCUUUACACAACAUUUUUUAAACGUUACUCUAAUGGAUUUAUAUAAAUAUGUAAAUUUAAAUUUUA